CUCUCAAUCUUAACAUAAGCAUUCCACCUGGCUCUCCAAUACCUCUAUCUGUACACAUAUCGGACCAUCAUCAUUUUCAAGACAUCCUCAGUUCAAUAAUACUACUCACAGUCUAGCCUUCUUUACCAACCGUAAACAACCCAAGACCCAAUAACAUUCAAAUGGCCCUCUCAAAGUCGACAGGAAAUGCAAACGCUUUUUCCAAGUCUGAACCCCCAUUAAUUCAACUUCAGAACCAAGAAGGAGAGCUCAUCUCUCAGGGCACGGACGAAUUCCAAAUCCAGCUGCAUCCUGAUCGUGACUUUAUCACCAUCCCACUUACAAGUAUAAAUAAAAGAAGACUCUCCUCACCAGAACAAACGUAUUUGAUCCCCGCUCACAGUGAACAUCCUGAAUAUGAGGUUAUCCUUCGUCCGAAGCGCUCGAGCUUCCGUGCAAUAUCGAACCCCUCCGAAGCUUCCAUUUCUCGAAACAAAUGCCGACAAGCCGCCACGAGCCACUGGAGUCACCUACCCGUCCCAAGUUAACACCUGCUCAAAUUAUAAUGGCCACCAGUUAUCGAGAGAGUGUCAAUAAAAGGAGCUGUGUAGCUCUAUUAUUUUUUGUCCUUGCAUGUGGGGGCAAGAUCAUUCUUGGAUUCGGUGCUGGACUGGCAGUCCAGGCUGCUUUCACCAAACCCGAGCCCCAUCAAUCUCAAAUUGUUUCAGGAGGUGUUGUGGCCGGCCUUGGUGCAAUAUCAGUAAUCUUUGCUUCCCUAGGUUUCGGCGCUUCGAUUACUCGAGUCUUUUUACUUUUUGGUUGGACGAUGAAGGCCACCUCUAUCUCAGCAGCCUCUCUUAUAACAGCCGGCGACGCCAUUAGCCAGUACUACUAUUCGACAGGAGAUCAAGUCAAAUCGAUUCGCGUAACUUUUGUACCGCUCGCGAUUGGUACCGCCUUACUAGCCAUUUCGCUCCCAAACUUCGUUGCUUACACAGAGUUAUAUAGAGGCCGCACCAUCGGCAUCCCGUACCAUAAGAGACCACUUGUUGCUUUAUGCUGUUUGGGCACCGCUAAUGGCUUACUUUUUGGGGGGUGGGUGUCCGGUGAACACGCUGAUUGGCCUCCUGCUUUCAACUUGGCAAUAAUGACCGCGGCUAUCUCUGUAGGCUAUUUUGGGGCCAGUCUUAUGUGGAGUGACCACAUCCAUCGGAGAGCUGCUGAAUACGAAGUUAGACUUUCGCUCGAACAGGAAAGCGAAACAACAGAAAAAUCCGAGUCAACAAAUCCCACCGAGAAAUCACCCCGACAGUUGCCUGUCGAACUUUGAACAAUAUGGUGUUGGAUAUUUAAAACACAUUGGAUAAAAAACUCGUUUUUAAGUGGUUGAUUAAGUUAUUUUGCCUUGUCUCCAGAAAAAAAGGAAUUGAAUUUAAUAAAAAGUCAAUAAAAGUUUCUUGUUUGUUUU